AUGUCCACCUCCAAAACCUCAGAUAAACCCUUCACAAGCUUUGAAACCAUCCCAACUCAAAUGGGGUUUUCGCUACUUCAGCGAAACACAUCCCCACCUCAACCUAGUGAGCGAAGAGGCCGGAGGAAGCAAGCAGAGCCAGGGAGGUUCCUUGGCGUGAGACGCCGCCCUUGGGGACGAUAUGCUGCUGAAAUCAGAGACCCUACAACAAAAGAGAGACACUGGCUUGGGACAUUUGACACUGCUCAAGAAGCAGCUCUUGCUUAUGAUAGGGCUGCCCUUUCCAUGAAGGGCACCCAAGCAAGAACCAACUUCAUAUACUCUGACAACACAACUUUCCACUCUCUUCUCACUCCACUUGAUGUCCAAACUCUCUUGCACCCAUCCCAGUUCCUCACUACUACUACUACCACCACUCAGAGUACUAAAAAACCAACCAAUCAGAACAGUCAAUGUCAGCUUGACAUAUGUCAAACUGAUCAGACCACCAUCCAAUCUGAUAAUGACUCUUGUUCUCAAUCUUCAUAUGGUACUUCAUCACCUAAUAAUAACUUCUUUUUCUCUAGUGACACAAACUCAGGCUACUUGGACUGCAUUGUUCCUGAUAACUGCUUGAAGCCUCCUUCCAAUCCCACCAAUACAAACUUCAACAAUUGCAAUUUCAACGCUUCAAAUGAUCAAAACCUUGGCUCAAACACAAGCUUUCUUGAAAUUCAAUCACAUUGUGAAGAAAUCAAUCAACUCUCUCUUGAUGCUUCAAGUAUAUCAGCAUUGGCUCCUAACCCUGGAGAUUUCCCUUGCUUUGAUGAACUUAAUAAUGGAUAUUGGGGUGGUGAGCAAUACUCAUGGGAGCUGAAUCCUUGCGAACUCUCGGCUAUGAUCAACAACCCAAUGGUGGUGCAAGAUGGGUGCAUGGAAACUUCAUAUCCAAUCAUGGAGGAUAAUCCAAGUUACGCGCUAAUGCCUCCGGCAACUUCUUCAGCUGCAACUUGCUCAUCACCUUCAAUUUCUCCUCUUGUUGAUGUAAUUGACUUUGGAUACUCUCUCUUUUGA